AUGAUGGACCCAUACGAACCAUACGAAAAAAUGUUACCAGGUAAAUUCUUUUUAUGCUGUUCUCUUUGUGCUUCCAAAUUGAUUUAACCAAGGGAGGCUUUCAAGCUAAAAAUGUCGGUCAUUUCUGCAAAGCGCGAGCGGGGGGUCUCGCAAUUGUCCUAUGUUAGGAAUUUUGUGCCUAUUUCUAUAUCAACAUAAUCGCACUAAUACAUGUAAGAAGCCCUGCCACUUGCUUUCGACAAUCGUUUCGGUUUGCUUAAGUCUGGAGUGGUCCUUUGUAAGGUGGCAUUCAUUCCUUGAUCCCAUCUUGCUUUGUCGCGUCUUAGCUGUAUCUUUUCGAUGUAUUUACUCCCAUAAAAUCUGAGCGUCGCACUUGGAACGUCGCCGGUAAAUGUUAUUUUUUCUAGAUGGAGCAGUCCCUCCUCCUCCGGUCCAGCCAGCCUAUGUUAAUCCCUAUCUUUAUCCCACCAACAACAAUGUUGUGCCCAAUCAAAAUAUGCCCCUAGACUAUGACUAUCAAAGGGCUCCAAACAAUCAAAUCCCCCCAGGCGAUCUGCCUCCUCCAGGCAAUCAAAUGCCCGGCCAGACCGCUCCCCAGCCUCCCAUGACUCCUCUGGAUUCGAUCAGUCCGGAAAGUGAGCCCGAAGAGACCGAGACCGGGGAUGAUCUUCACAGUGCCCUCAGGGCCUCGUUCCGCCAAACUGGAUUUGUCUCGAUUGGAAUGGUGGUGGCUAUUGGCAUUGUGGUCCAUCUGGUUAGCAUCGUUUUGGUGAUUUCGGACUUUUUUAAUAUCAAAUAA